GAAACAUUUUUGAUUUUCACCUAAACCUACAUCCAAGGCCUUUUUCUGGAGAGCCAAUAAUUAAAGUUCGCCGCACGCCUCUGUAGUGUUUGGCAUGUGCUUGAGCCGGCUUAGGCCCAUUGGUUCCCCUAUCUGCUUCGUGGCUGGGCGCCGGACUUGCCGCCUGCGAAAUCCUCCCCCCAAUGGCCCGACCAGCUCCGCCACAUGUUAAGGUGGCUUCAUCUCUGGUUUUCCUUGUUCACGGCGCAUCAGGUGCUGCGCCAACCAACCCGAACCCAUUUUCUAGCCAAUUUCCGCAGCAUCAGGCAUACUCUUGCGCUCUUCACUCGCUUUUCUCUAACUGAUUUCGAUACUUGUGCAUCGUCUUUACAUUAAGCCCCGUACCUCCCGCGGUCUUUUUCGCUUCGUUCGCCGGCCGCUCGUUUAACAGCCAGUCGUCGUCACCAGCCAACAUGGCUAGCACAGGGGGCCUUCUGCGCCGACUGACUGUCGAAUCUCCUCCUGGAGAAUGGAUUCUUAACCAAUUACGAGAUAUCCUCAUUGGUGCUCUUAAGCAAGGUCGCGUCCCGCAGCACGUUGCGUUUGAGAUGGAUGGCAACCGACGAUACGCUAGAAACCGUCGUAUGGAAACUAUCGAGGGCCACCAUCAUGGCUUCGAAGCUCUUGCAAGAAUUAUGGAAGUUUGCUACAAGACCGGUGUCAAGGUCGUUACUGUCUACGCCUUUAGCAUCGAAAACUUCAACCGACCGAAAUACGAGGUCGAGGGACUUAUGCAGCUAGCCAAGGUUAAGCUUGAGCAGCUUACAACAUAUGGAGAUAUCCUUGACCGAUACGGUGCCAGUGUACGAGUUCUGGGCCAACGUGAAAUGAUUCGAGACGACGUUUUAAAGGUGGUCGACAAGGCCGUCGCGAGAACCAAGCACAACACCCAAGCGGUUUUGAACAUCUGCUUCCCAUACACGUCUAGAGCCGAAAUUACGACUGCUAUCCGAACGACGGUCGACGAGUUUCUCGCCCCUCCCCCUCGCAAGAACACGCCUUUCUCACCUUCCCGUAUCCGACAAAAAGUUCUCUCAACACAUCUCGAAGAGCGCGAGACUCUUGCUACCAUUAAGGAUGAAUCGCCAGACGAGAGGGCAGAGACAGCUGAAGACAUUGACGGAGACUCUUCGUCGACAACUCUAUUGCCCGAUUCACCGGAACCGCGGCGCCAGAACAAGGCAGAUUCUGGAAAUUCUGUCAAGUUACCCAGCCCCGAAACCAUUACUACGGAGACCCUCGAGCGACAUAUGUAUACCGCCGCAGAUCCGCCUUUGGACAUAUUUGUCCGAACAAGUGCGGUCGAGCGACUGAGCGACUUCAUGCUGUGGCAGUGCCACCAAAACACGCAAAUAUUCUUCCUCGAUUGCCUCUGGCCAGAUUUUGAUCUCAAACACUUCGUAUGGGUCUUGCUCGAGUGGCAAUGGCGGCAAAAGAAGACUGAGCGUGACGGACGGGCUGUCACGUCUGUACCAGGCGCCAAGACCCAGCGUCUUGUUGAUUGAUCUGGCAACCACAUGAGCACACAAGUUCCUUGAUUACUAUCGCAUAGCGUUGUUGGCUACUCUGGCCAAUCAUUGUGCUAUUUCGUUCUUUGAAAAAAUCUAUCCUUUUGUCGAAUUUUAACGCAUCGUCUUGAAAAACUAUCUGAUUUAGAGCCGAGCAGCUGAGGUGCUGUGGCGAUGGCGUCAGGUGGGUAAGGCCCUGUUUCUGUAUGGAGCGAAUAAGCUGUCUAUAAAGAAUAAUAAACUCUUCUUUCUUCAUUA